AUGUCCGCAAUCCGUACUGCUCAGCGUUCUUUGUUAACCAAGCGUUUUGUUAGAAGCUACGCUACCGAACCAACUCUUAAAGCUCGUUUAGAAGCCAUUCUCCCAGAAAAGAUCGAAGAAGUCAAGCAAUUAAAGAAAGAAUAUGGUAAGACCGUUAUUGGAGAAGUUCUCCUUGAACAAGCCUAUGGUGGUAUGAGAGGUAUCAAGGGUUUAGUUUGGGAAGGUUCCGUUUUAGAUCCAAUUGAGGGGAUCCGUUUCAGAGGUAGAACCAUUCCAGACAUCCAAAAGGAAUUGCCAAAGGCUCCAGGUGGACAAGAACCAUUACCAGAAGCUUUAUUCUGGUUGUUAUUGACCGGUGAAGUCCCAAGCGAAGCUCAAACUAAGGCCUUCUCUGAAGAAUUAGCCGCUAGAUCUGCUUUACCAAAGCACGUUGAAGAAUUGAUCGACAGAUCUCCAUCUCACUUACAUCCAAUGGCCCAAUUCUCCAUUGCCGUCACUGCUUUAGAAUCCGAAUCCCAAUUCGCUGAAGCUUACGCCAAGGGUGUCAACAAGAAGGACUACUGGAAGUACACCUACGAAGAUUCCAUUGAAUUAUUAGCUAAGUUACCAAACAUUGCUGCUAGAAUUUAUAGAAAUGUCUUCAAAGAUGGUAAAUUAGCUGCCGUUGACCCAAAGUUGGAUUACGGUGCUAACUUAGCUAACUUGUUAGGUUACGGUGAAAACCAAGAAUUCCUUGAAUUGAUGAGAUUAUACUUAACUAUCCACUCCGAUCACGAAGGUGGUAAUGUUUCUGCUCACACCACCCACUUGGUUGGUUCAGCCUUAUCUUCUCCAUUCUUGUCCUUGGCCGCUGGUUUAAACGGUUUAGCCGGUCCAUUACAUGGUAGAGCCAACCAAGAAGUCUUGGAAUGGUUAUUCCAAAUGAGAGAGGAAUUAAACGAAGAUUACUCCAAGGAAAACAUCGAAAAGUACUUGUGGGAAACCUUAAACGCCGGUAGAGUUGUUCCAGGUUACGGUCAUGCUGUCUUAAGAAAGACUGAUCCAAGAUACACUGCUCAAAGAGAAUUCGCCUUAAAGCACAUGCCAGACUAUGAAUUAUUCAAGUUAGUUUCCAACAUUUACGAAGUUGCCCCAGGUGUUCUUACCAAGCACGGUAAGACCAAGAACCCAUGGCCAAAUGUUGACUCUCACUCCGGUGUCUUGUUACAAUACUACGGAUUAACUGAACAAUCUUUCUACACUGUUUUAUUCGGUGUUUCCAGAGCCUUCGGUGUCUUACCACAAUUGAUCUUGGACCGUGGUUUAGGUAUGGCAUUAGAAAGACCAAAGUCAUUCUCUACUGAAAAGUACAUUGAAUUAGUUAAGAACAUCGCUAAGAAAUAA